UUUCACUUGAAAUUACUCGUAAAAUUUGAAGUCAAUUCGAAGUUGUUUUCUGAUGUUUGGUUUGGUCACUGAUAAUUUGGAUAGAUGUUCUUGUAGACUUUUUUUCUUCCCACCAAUGUAAAAACUGUUCGAACUCUGAACUCUGAAAGCCAUGGCUGUGCCUUUGUUUGCGUCCCAUAUUCCCACAUCGUACUUCCAAAAGACACUGCUUACUUUUGGGGCUGGUUUAGGAUCAUUUUUAAGGCCUUCGAAUGACGAAUUGAUCGCGACAUUCGGGGAAGUGACGGCAUAUCAGGCGCUUGUCCAUAUGAGGAAAAAAAUGACAGAGCAUCCUGAAGGACGGAAAAUUUUGAAAGAGCGUCCCUUGAUUAAUUCCCAUACUGUCGAUUUUGCACAACUAAAGGAAUGUCCAAGAGGCACAUUUGGUGAAGCAUACCUGAACUUCUUGGAAACCAAUGGUGUUAGUCCGGACACGAGGAAGCGAGUGCAUUUUGUCGAUGACGAUGAAUUAGCUUAUGUUAUGCAGAGAUAUCGUGAAAUUCACGAUCUGGUGCACACGCUGCUGGGCAUGAAAACCAAUAUGUUGGGAGAAAUAACAGUCAAAUGGAUUGAAGCCCUUCAGUUCGGAUUGCCGAUGUGCGUCUUGGCCGGAAUUUUUGGACCUUGGAGGCUCAAAACGAAACACCGCCAGCUGUAUCUGACAACAUACUUACCGUGGGCCAUUGAUACCGGUUGGAAAUCACAGUUUCUCCUGAACGUUUAUUUUGAACAACGAUGGCACUCACCAUUAAGCCACCUACGCCAAGAGCUACACCUUCCCAAUCCCCCGCCUUUUGCCGGUACAAACCAGUAUGACAUCCAACUACUUAAAGCAGCCCCGGAUACCACUUUCACCACCGACAAACUGUGAUUGUUUUCAGUCGGUUAAUUGCACCAAGAAAUGAGCGACUCAUUUCGGGGUGAAAUCAGUUAUUUCAGCAAGCGACAAAGUGAUGGCUCUAGAACGUGUGUUUUUUGACUUGUAACUGUAUCUCGCCGCAGUCGUUAUUAUGUGGAAUGAACCCGAUGAUGGACGCGCCUAGUAAACAAUGCGUACGGAUUUUAUCCCACGUACAGCUACAAUUGAGUUGGUAACGUUAUACUUCCAUGUUGCUGCGUCUUCUUUUAAGUCUGCUCGGCGUGAUUUUGUGGUAUAAAUUUAUCUGAUUAAAGGUAGUUGAGUGAUGGAAGAAAUGUGAGAGUGCUAGUUCAUAUUCGUCCUUCGUGAACCGCGUGUAUGUGCCGAUGUGGAUAUCUUAUAUUAAAUUAUGCCGAACGCCGAUGAGGAAGCAGAGGAUUAGUUAACGGUAGUGAACUGUUAACAUUACUCGCUUGUAAUUUACACAUGGAGUUGAACUUAUGGCUGCC